UACUUGAGUAAAGCAUGAACUCAAUCAACAGACUCAAUCAAGAUGGGAUGGGCUGAUAGCCUCCUAAGCUUUGCCCGGGAUGAGAGGGUUGUUCUUGUCACCUUGGGCUUAGCUACCUUUGGUGUAGUGAGUACCGUCUUCACUGCCCUCACCAUCAUAAGAGACGACAACGAAAUUCCGCCACCACAGCCAAAGACACAAUACAUCACUCAAGACACGGAAGACUCGUUGGAACUUGAAACUCUUGAGAAGUUAUUAGAUCAUCCCAAUUAUUCCAUAAGAGAAGUCGCGAUCAAGAUCCUUUGCGAUCGGGCCGUGAACGAUUCCGAGACAACUCACAUAUUGCUAUUCGGCAUCACUCGACCAGAUUAUGAUGAGAGGAUGCGGUGCCUUAGGGCCUUGGCCCUGCUUACUGGACAGACUAUCGGGCUGGAUGGACUUUCAAAGUUGAACAAUCCCAAAGCCUACUCGGCUCUUGUCCGUUCUCUGGAGCUGAGCCUGGAUGAUACCGAGCGACCGAGCCUCACUGAUAGCCAUUGGGAUGAGUAUUACCUUCGCGACAUGGCCGAGAGGUUCUGCUUAAUGUUCAUCCUGGAGCUCGCCAAUAAGUAUGGUGCCAGCAUGCUAGUCAAAGCGCGCUUCGUCGAAAAAUGGUUGGCAAAGCAGGAAUGGGGCGAUACCCCGGAAGAAAGACGCCGAAGCUUCAGGGAUUACAUGGCUCUCAAGACAAAUAGGAUUGUCGAGAUUGUCGAUCGAAUCAAGGAAUCAAGGCGAGGCCUCAGGGCUCUGGAAAGGGCAGGGCUUAUGGACAAGGAGAUUUCCCGAAGGAGAAUUCGUGAACUCCCGGACCUGAUCAUGGAGAUCGAAGAGGAGACGGGAAACUUACCACUUGUCGAACAGCAAGUCACACGAACCAGGGAACAUUCAGCCGAAGAGCAAAGGCUACGGCGGCAACAUCGAGAAGCGAUGGUUCUCAACGAUGGAACUCGACCACUGGCGCGCGAGGAUAUUAUCGAGAGAGAACAUACGUCUCCUGCAUAGGAUUUGUGAGAAAAUGAUACCCAGUAUUAAUAUUACUACAACGCGUUUGAGAAAAGCACCUGUGCCAUUGAGUUGUUAACAGGUGAGCCACGCCACGCGCUGUCGACUACACAUCUGCUUAUUUCUUCAAGCGAGUGGAGUUCCCUUCUACUAUCUAACACUCACUCUGCCUGACUUAAAAGGACAAUAUGUUGCCUUGCGUCACAUGAACCGCCACAUCGAUGAAAAAUUACAAUUGUACAAAAGCCCCAACUCAGGUCUAUGUACUUUUUCUGUCUCUCAGUCCUGGUUGUAUCUUUGCAGUUCCUUUUUCACCCAUCUACGACUGAGGCUAGGGAAAUGAAGCAAAUAACCAUUCAUACCGUUUUUAUCCCCUCUUCUAGUGUAUCUCCAGGCCUAGUCUUGCUCUCCAGUCUGUCCAAACCUCUGCCCAGAAGUAGUCUCAAGAGCAUCCCCGAAUUAAGCAUUAAAAAUGUUGACCUUCUCGGACACUAUUCUUGCAAGGUCGUCUGGAUUAGUCGACGCUUCAGAUUCGUUGAGGGUCGCCGCUUUCUGGAUCAUGCAAGGCAAUCUCAUCUCUCUCGUACACAGCUCUUCUCGUAAGGCAUCAAUGUACUCCUCAUCGAGGGGAAGCAGAAUCUCAUUGUUAUCAACUGGCCUGCGAGCCAGUUGUUGUGGAUCAAGAGGCAAAUUCGGCAUCGUUUCGAUCCGAUUGUACCAAAAGUAAAAAUCACCCUCCUUACCUAAGAACAACAAGAAAACUCUCAACACGUUCGGAUCCAUCUUACCAAAUGCCAGGCACUUCAGUACUGCAGUACUGCGGGCACAAAAUUCUGCCAUGCUUGUGGCGAAGCUAGAUCUGCAAACUGGAAUAGAGAAACCAUCAACUGACUCCACCGAAGAAUCAGCUCAGGAUCUAGAGUACCUUCGAGGUAGCGGAACUCAACUGUCCCUUUACACUCAUCUUCAGAGCCUUCACCAGGCUUAUCAAUGGAAUGGCACUUGGAAAGACCUAAG